AUGGAUUCAGCAAGGCUCUGGAUAACCCUCAUUGGGCUGAUCAGCUACCCCAUCGUGAUUACCUUUUAUCGACUCUACUCCCAUCCAUUGAGAAACAUACCGGGUCCUAAGUUAGCAGCGGCUACCCACCUAUAUGAGUGGUACUAUGAUUUAUUCCUGGGAGGGAGGUACCUCUUCGAGAUCGAGAGAAUGCACGAGAGAUACGGGCCCAUCGUGCGUAUCAACCCCCGAGAGAUCCACAUCAGCGACCCGCAUUACUACGACGAAAUCUACGCCCCAAGCACCCGCAGACGCAAUAAGGAUGCAGAGUUCGUUUCAUUCUCGGGCAUGCUCCACUCCACCCUGUCGACAACAGAUCACGACGUCCACCGCUUUCGUCGUGGCAUCGUGAACAAUCUCUUCUCGAAGAAGUCGAUCUGUGGGCUAUCUCACCUUGUCGAAGAGAAGGUCCACAAGCUUAUGCAACGCUUUGAAGCCUUUCAUCGAGCUCAGAAAGUAGUCCGGCUCGAUGAUGCCUUUGCAGCUAUGACCUCUGAUGUCAUCACACAUUACUGCUAUGGCAAGAGUUGGGACUAUCUCGAUGACGCGAGUCUGCGCACGGAUGUUCGCCAAGCCGUUCAUGAUCUCACUUGUAGUGUUCAUUUCAAUCGAAUUUUUCCAAUUUUCCUUGCCGUGCUCCAAAAGCUACCACUUCGGUUGUUGCAUGCGAUUCAUCCGGGAAGAUCAAUUGUAUUGGAUAUCCAGAAGACAAUCUAUGAGCAGUCAGCUGAGGCACUUCAUGGGGAUAAAUAUGAUAUCGGCCAGGAUGAUGCCGUUGGCAAACAUAGGACCAUCUACGACCAGCUGACGGAUCCCAGCAUUCCAGCUGAAGAACGAUCCCUCCAGCGUCUGCAAGAUGAAGGUCUUCUGUUUAUCAGUGCUGGUACAGAGACAACCGCCAGAGCAUUGACAACGGCCUGCUUCCAUAUCGCAUCGGACGAUGAGGUACGCGGUCGAUUACGAGAUGAGCUGAGGGCCGUCCUGCCGACGCCUACCCGUCCUAUUACAUGGUCCGAGUUGGAAAGGUUGCCUUAUUUAACUGCCUCAAACACCACUAACCCUAUUUCACAGACUGGGACCGUCAACGAAUCCCUCCGUCUGGGCGGCUUCCUCACAACCCGAUCCCCUCGCAUAGCACCGGACGAACCCCUAACCUACAAAGAAUACACAAUCCCACCCGGCGUAAGCAACCUCUCUUCCACCCAACAACAUAUCACUAACAGAACCCCACAGACCCCAGUCAGCUCCUCAAGCUACUUCGGCCACAAAAACCCAAGUAUCUUCCCGGAGCCGGAGAAGUUCUCUCCCGAACGAUGGAUCUCCGCCAGUAAGAACAACGAGCACCUUUUCAAAUACAUUACGUCCUUCUCCCGAGGUAGCCGGAUAUGUGCCGGCAUGAACCUCGCAUUCCUUGAGUUGUAUAUGACUCUGGCGUACUUUGUACGUCGGUUCGAUGUUGAGCUGGUCGAUACAACACUGGAGGAUAUGAGGAUAGUGAGGGAUAUGGGGGUUGGAUUUACGCAUCGGGGUGAGCUGAGUGUUUAUGGUAGGAUUGGGAAGGUUUGUGAGGAUUGA